CUGGGAAGUGGGUUGGGUUAUCCAGUCCUUGGACUGUUGUCGCCACGAUCAGCUGUUUGUUGUGGAUGAAUAGCUUUUCCAUUAGAGCGCGAAGAACAUUUAAACCGAAAAACAGAAAAACAUAACCUGAAGAAAAGUUUCAACUGCAACACAAACCCAAAGAUUCUGUCUUGAAAUUAGCUCCUGCGGGCCUGUGGUGAGAUUUCUUCACACCUACCAUCGCUUCUACCAAAGAGACAAGGACACAGUCCAGCAUAUAUACAAGAACAAGCAAUAGGAAAAAAGAGGUCGAACCUCAGCUAUGUUUCAGCGUCUCACUGACCUGCUGUUUGGAAGCCUGGGCAGUGCCACUCAGGAAUCGGCAGUGCCCAAUUCUGGAGGUUUGGAAGAAGAAGAUGAGGAGUGGCUUCUUGUUAGUAUACCUGAUGGAGAGCCUCUAGUUGAAGUGAUCCCUGUUCCCUCCACCACAAGUGUGUCCAGGUCUGUCCAAGAUGCAAACUCUACAAGAGUCACAGACAAUCUGGUCAGCAGUAAUAGCAUGGUAGAUCCAGGAGUGCCUACUGGUCAGGGCAGUGGCCCGGUGUCUCGUUUUUCAGUGCCACAGGCCAGAGUGGUCCGGGUGGGGAGACGUCAGUGGGCUCAGACUCGAGCCGAGCGCUUCCGCCUGGGCCACCACUGCAUUCAGCGCCAGAAUUGCGUCCACCAGCGACUUCCAUGCCCCACCUCCCGCACACGUCCCAUGAUCCUCCACCAGCCUGGCUACCGCAGCUUCUGUCAUUGAGAACACACAGCACGUGGCACCUAUAUGAAUGGUGCACUGAACAAAUAAACACAACUACAUACUAGAAGUGCAUCCUAGUAGUCUGUUCCACUGUGGGGAAAUAAAAAGUUUCCUAAGAAAUAUAUUUUACUUAGUGUUUGCAAUUUUCACAAAUGCAUAUUUUCCCCACAAAUACAGGUUAUGUUAGUCUGUAUUUUAAUGCAGCUAUGAUAUUGACCCAGAAACAUUUUACUUGAGUCCUGUGGCAUAGCCGGUUUUUAAAUUUUAUUUUGCAUCAUGUAUUUAGCCUUAGAGCAAUAAAAUAAAUCAAGUGUUUCUUGUGUUUGUUGCUAUGAUUAUUAAGUUUUCACUGGAAUUGACAUAAUGUUAAUUGCAAUAUGUGCAGUGCAUCAAAACCCUGUCCCACUAGUAAUGUAUUUCAGCAGUUAUCAACACAGAACCGACCAGACAACUAUCGUCAUCAAAAUACUUGUAUAUAAGUGGUCAUUUUUAAUUUAAAUUAUAGUAUGUUCCUGGUCUUUGAAAAAUAAACUGCAUGCAGGAGUCAGGGUAAGACCCA